GAAGGGGAGGGGUUGCAGACUAUUGACACGGUGCACACGGAGACUCAGCAGCUACUUCUGGAGAGCUGAUCGGAGACUCUAGAGAGGCGCGGAGCUGGAGCUCCUUCACGUUGACACCAGGGCAGGGAGGACUGUUGGAGAUGACCGGACAUCAAGGGCAGCAAACCUCAAAUCUGGGAAAUAUUCCCUGUCCCGAGAGCUUAAAGGUCACCAGGAACGUUUGAUCUAAAGAGGCACAAAUAUUGGAUUUCUGCUCCGGCUGUGAUUUAGGCACGCCCAGAGAGGAUCAGUUGUGGCCUUGUUGGAUUUAAAACUAACAGAUUUACAACAGACCUGCGGGAUGAAGACUCCUCUCCUCUGCUUGGAGCUGCUCCUCUUGGCGAGUCUCAUCCUUCUGGCGACUGGGCAGCUGGAGCCAAAGGAGCAAGACCUCCUUGCUGUUACCCAGAGGCUCGGCCUCGUGGAGAGAGACGUGCGGGGUCUGGUGAGGCCCAACAUCUCCAUGCCCCGCCGCCGGCUGCCGCCCAUGUGCACGGGUCCCACGGAAAUCCGAGACACGUUCAAGUACAUCAACACGGUGGUGUCCUGCCUGGUGUUUGUUGUGGGCAUCAUCGGGAAUUCCACUCUGCUGAGGAUCAUCUACAAGAACAAGUGCAUGCGCAACGGGCCGAACAUCCUGAUCGGCAGCCUGGCGCUUGGAGACCUGCUGCACAUCGUCAUCGGCAUUCCCAUCAACGUUUACAAGCUCCUGGCAGAGGACUGGCCUUUUGGAGUGUCUCUCUGCAAGAUUGUGCCGUUUGUCCAAAAAGCCUCCGUGGGGAUAACGGUGCUGAGUCUGUGUGCGCUGAGUAUUGACAGGUAUCGCGCCGUGGCCUCGUGGAGCCGCAUCAAAGGGAUUGGAGUUCCAAAGUGGAUGGCAAUCGAAAUAGCGCUCAUCUGGAUAUUGUCCGUCAUCCUGGCCGUGCCAGAAGCCGUAGCCUUCGACAUGAUCACGAUGGACUACAAGGGAGAACACUUGAGGAUCUGUUUGCUGCACCCCAUGCAACAAAACAACUUCAUGGUGUUUUACAAAUCAGCAAAGGACUGGUGGCUGUUCAGUGCAUAUUUCUGCCUGCCGUUGGCCUGCACUGCUAUUUUCUACACCCUGAUGACCUGCGAGAUGCUGAGGAAGAAGAACGGAGUCCAGAUUGCUCUCAGUGACCACCUCAAACAGCGCCGGGAGGUGGCUAAGACGGUGUUCUGUCUGGUUCUGGUCUUCGCCGUGUGUUGGCUGCCUCUCCACCUCAGCCGUAUCCUGAAGCUCACCAUCUACGACGAGAAAGAUCCAAACCGCUGCGAACUGCUGAGUUUCUUUUUGGUGUUGGACUACAUCGGCAUCAACAUGGCAUCCGUGAACUCCUGCAUCAACCCAAUCGCCCUCUACGUGGUCAGCCAACGCUUCAAGAACUGUUUCAGGUCCUUCCUCUGCUGCUGGUGCCUACCGGCGGAGAUGGUGAUGGACGAGAAGCAGUCGUGCAUGAAGCUGAAAGUCACAGAACGGGCCUCCGACCAGAGCAACUCUCGCGUGACCAACAAGUCUACAUCGGCCUGAGGAGCAGCUUAAAGUAAGAAAGGUCGAUGUAGAAGUGGAGGUGGGGGCGACUGAACGACCACAUCUACAGCAUCAUACCGACUUUGCUUUGAAUUUUAAGACUUUUUGACUCCUUAAACUAUAUUAAUACUGGAGCGCUGCCCGAGAGGAAAAGAGCAGCACUGGACUAAAAAACACUACAUUUCUGGAUAACGAGUGAGACGUGUGUGAGGCCGCCAAGCUGCCGUCCAAAAUACCAAAUAUCGACCACCAAGCUUUUCAUAAGGGUUUCAUAAAAUAGGGGGUCAAAGGUCGAUUAGCAACCAUCGCUCAUCAGGCUUUCGGUCUGGUGGUGACGUUGACACUAUGAAUCUGAAAUUACAUCUGAGUGAGACGCUGUCAGCGGAGAUGAAACAGUGAAUCCAAAGAGCUCAGUUGAGAUUUGUUGAUGCAUCUGUUGCCGCACGCUUCAUCCCUCAGUACCAUCACGGCCGAUGGGCCUCGGUCAGGACAAAGAGGAGUAGGACGGAGAAUUCAUCUUAUAACUUUUUUUGUUGAGUAAACUUUUACAAUAAAGUUACUGCCAUGUGGA